CAAAUCGCGUCCGUGUCCGCCGCGCGGUUUCCUCUGACUUGCGCGUGCGCGAACUUGUUGUGUGCGUCUGUCCGUGUGUGACCGAGUGAGCGAGCGAGCGAGCGAGCGAGUGUGUGUGUGUAUUUGUGUAUUUGUGUGUCACUGAAUCAUCGCUCCGCGCGAGGAGCGUCGCAGAAUGAUGGGACCCGAGUGAAGGAGCAGCAGCAGCCGCAGCAGCUCGUUAUGACAGAUGUGGAGGAUGGCCUCGUGUUCAGAGAUCUUUGGAUCGGAGCACGUUGAGCAGGGGAGAAGCCACCACCCGCGCUAUGGAGUUCGCUCGUACCUGCACCACUUCUACGAGGAGUGCGCCACCUCCAUCUGGGAACGGGAUGAAGAUUUUCAGGUCAAGAGAUCACCAAGCAGGUGCAGCUCUGUUCUCUGGAAGGUCUUCUUAGCAUGUGGAACCCUGGUCUUAACCUUAGGAGUGACCGUACUGACCGUGGGCUAUGCAAUACCACCCAGAAUUGAGACCUUCGGGGAGGAGGAGCUGCAGUUCGUGGACAGCCAGGCGGUGCGUUUCAACCGCGCGCUGGACACCUGCAAGCUGGCCGGAGGUGUGACCUUCUGCAUCGGUGGGACCCUGGCGGCCGCUGGCCUUCUGCUCUUUGCAUUUAGCGGUGGGGGGCAUGACAAGGAGCAGAGGCUCCUCCAGAGGAGCUCCAAGGAGCAGCUGGCCGAGCGGUCGACCACGGGCAGUCCAGUGACCAGAGCGCCUGCCUUAAGGGAGGGCAAGGUCCCCGUCACUCUGUCCAAAGUGCGCAGCAUUCAGCCCAAGUCUCGGUCCUGACGCCCACGUGUUCAGUGCUUCUCAUGAAACACCAAUAAAUGCGAUGGCCUAAAGGGGACUUAACGUUCCAGUCAUUAUGUGAAUACAGUCAUUCAACCAGCUUGUCUGUCUGUCUGUUUGUUAUGUUUGAUUGAUUGCAUUUUGGCAAGGUCAUUCACGCCAGUUUGAAGGAUGACGUCUGCAAGUGUGAGCGUUAAGGGGUCUGGUCUACAAGACUUACUCUGCUUACUUGUCUUAUCAUAACAUUGCAACCGAAUAUAUAAUCUGCACCUGGGUAUGGGCUGACAAAGCUGGAAAAAUGACUGUACUUAACUUUGCUGUGCAUCUAUUGUAAUAUUUAGAAAAUGUGUACAUGAAAUUUAGGAAGAUUUUGAAACAUUAAGUGUUUCAAUAGGGGAACAAAUGAUGACAUUCAUUGUCAUCCUGUCUACCAGCUUAUUUACAAGGUGAGGUCAGUGGACAUUAACUGGACUUAAGACAACAUUACUGGUGCAUAGAACUGUUAGAUGUGUCAGAGGCACCACUUUCAUUCAAGUACAUUACUUUGCAGUGAUUUCUGGAGAAAUUUAUAUGGUGCAAAGGGGAGCGAUUUGGAGAAAGACCAAUUAUCAGAACAGAAUGGAGUGUAUAAUUAAGACAGGGAUUGCUUAUCACGAAACCAGCCAUUAGUGACCUACCUUGCAUAUUUACUUAUUUAUUUUUAUUUAUUUAGCAGACGCUUUUCUCCAAAGCGACUUCCAAUGAACUGUGUGUAGUGUUAUGAACUCUAAUAUUCACAAUAAUGUUGCAAUAACUGGUGUGCUACAUCACUUUUCUUCAUCAUUUUCCAUUAUACUUUAAAUCAGAUUUUAUAUUAAAAACAUUCAUAUAGCUCAGCACUUCUUAGCGAACUUCCAAGCAGUUUUGUAUCAUUAAACAAUAACUACACCUGCAAUUGUUUACUAAGUACAAA